AACCACGAGAAAGCCUGGGACGAGUCGCCGUUAUUGGUGAUAGUAGCAUAAUUUCAGCCAUUGAGCUGUUUCUAGGGCAAGCAUUCUGUAAACAACUUUCCGAAAACCUCCGACUUCUCUCUUGAUUUUUAACCGAUUGAACCGAAUAAGCUCUCAACUUGUUGCUUAAGGGCUGUAAAAGGCAAUGUUUACUAGUAGUAUGAGUAUAAAGCGCCCCUAUGAGCGCGAGACUCCGUUUAGUUGGCGACCUCUACCGAGCAAAGGAACCAAGAAACGCAACCCAGACGAAGAUUUUAUCCUUCGAGGCCAGAGACCGUCUAUGAGGGUUAAGUCCAGUGAUUAUCAGACAAACACACAAAGGACUAUCUCUCCUAUGGGAAGCCGGAGUAGUCUACGAUCAAGAACAGCAUCAGCACCAUGUGUUAUGUUCAAGGGUUACGAAACUACUGCAGAGGAAUUUGAUCCUAGAGAUCUCUCUCUUGAUCUUUCAGAGUUUGACGACUCACCGGAUGAAGAGUUGAUGCGACUCAGAGAUAUCAAUUACGCAACAAAUUCUUUCCUGAACAGUAGCGUACAAUCUGAUUGGUUUAUCAACCCAGUUCAUCGCUCGAAAGACCCACCUGUAAAUCUAGACCGACUGGCACAGUCAGAACCUUUGAAAGCAUCAGUGUUAAAAUCAACAGCUCAAGGAAAUAUCAUUAGUAGAACAGAUGAUGUACGACAAACUCCUGUAGACGAAUUUGACAUGUCUGUUUUCCGUGACGCAGAGGAGCACAUGUUAUCAUCUAGAACACUCAGUGGGUUAUCAACGCCAUACAGAGGCGAGCUCGCCCAACUCAAAGUCAAGGGCCUAAAACUCCAGGAGGAGAGAUUACUGAAGAAGAAAUGUUUAGAUGAGCUGGAAAGAAUUAGAGGUCCUAAACCGAGAUGGUAUGAGCUUAAAGGCCCAGACUUCCACAGAGAAGCCAGGAAAAAUAAUGACUUGUUAUCACAAAGUGGCCAUUAUGAUGAGAUUAUGCAAUAUAGAAACACACUGUUAGAUGCUCUAGGAGAAGAGAAAGCUCCAAGAGCAUCAGAGAUGGAUCUUAUUCACAAGUACUACCACACUAAAGCUCAUAACCAGACAAUUUAACAUUUCGUGAACUACAGUAUUAUGCAGGCAUGUACACAGGGGGUGCACAUGCACCCUUUUGCGGACAAAAAGUGGGUAAUUUCUUAUUGUAGGAUUGUCAGAUACUAUCCUUUUCCAUAUGAUACCUAUGAGUGUGUACCCCCUCGCCCAAGCAAAUCCUGUUAUGCAGGCUGAUGGUGCACAGUCAUGGGUAUCAUAUGACAAAAACAGGAUUUGAAGACUCCUUAUUAAGUAAUUACCCACCCUGUGUGCCCUCCCUGUGUAUGUGCCUGUCAUGCUUUAAAAAAGUAGCCUAGUAAUGUGGACCAAUAGAGAUGAGGUUUUGUGAUUUUAAAUAGUUGUCACACAUAAAGAAAGAUCAUCUUAUAAUAAAGAAAUUGAGUACCACUGUGA